AAUACUGCAUAUAUUUGAUAUUAUUCACUAUUUUUAAAUUUGGCUUUGUUGUUAAAUUUGUCUGUUCAAGCUCGAAAACUAGCUGUAGCAUUAGCAUAGGAGCUUUUCCUGGUUAGCUGGAUGUACAAAGAAAGAUGUCAGGAUUCCUGGAUGGUAUCAGAUGUGGGGACUGUGAAUGCAACAUUGACUGGGCAGAAAAAAGAAACACCAUUGCCUCAGUAGCAGCUGGAGUACUGUUCUUCACAGGAUGGUGGAUCAUAAUCGACGCAGCAAUAAUGUACCCCAAAGAGGAGGAGUUUCACCACGCGUACCAUACCUGUGGAGUCAUCGCCACUAUAGCGUUCCUCAUGAUCAACGCAGUGUCAAACGGCCAGGUGAGAGGUGACAGCUACAGCGAAGGCUGCAUGGGACAGACAGGUGCGAGAGUGUGGCUCUUCAUCGGCUUCAUGCUGGCUUUUGGCUCCCUCAUUGCUUCCAUGUGGAUUCUUUUUGGAGGUUUUGUUGUGCCUGCGAAGCCAGCAGUGUAUCCCGGGAUUGCGGUUUUCUUCCAGAACGCCUUCAUCUUCUUCGGGGGUCUGGUGUUCAAGUUUGGACGCACAGAGGACCUGUGGCAGUGAAAAGCCUCUCUUCAUGACCAUCCUACACCCUGAGUCUGUCUGCUAUUUCUCUUUUCUCAAUCAUUUUUUCCCCCCUUUCACAUUCACAAGCACACUGAGAUAAACAGUGAGGAGUUGCUGUUGUACAACCCAAGCGUGACGCAUCUCGCCUCAGAAUUCAAAAGUACUUCAGCUGGAUUUUUUUUUUUUAAAUGGAUUAAUGGGAGUGAAAAGAAAAAAAAAGAGAGAGGCAACACUGACAUCGCGAACAUGUUCAGUCAUUGAUACGCUGCACUGUUACUCUCGUUGCACUGUCCUUUUACCUCACGUUUAGCUUUAGUUGUUCUGUCAGAUUUGCUUUAGUUCUUGCUCACGCUUGGCGCGUGUGGUGGCCUGGGAAAACAUUUAGCAUGAUAUACUGCACAUGUCUGAAAACCACACACUUUCCUGGAUAUGCGGCGUACAUGCAGUAGAAGUAAAGUCAUGAUUAAAGAUUUCCAAUGAAAAAUGCCCUGUCUACUGCUACAUUUAUAAGCUAUUGAUGAGGGGGAAAAAAAGAGAGAAAUUAGUUCUUAGUUUGAUAAUCAGCAUUGAUCAAGCGCAUCAGUCUCUGUUUCUUUACCUGAGGUCAAAGUUUCCAUCCAUCCAUAGCCACAUCUCCAGGUUUUCCCAAACCGCCACAGUCUGUGGGAGUCUCUUUCACUGGGAUAUUUAAGUAGUAGUUUAUGUAUGUCCCAGUGGCACUGUUGUGUUUCCUGACUUGUUUUUGGAAAACAAGUGUAAUGACGUCCAUUUUUUGCUACUUGUAUCCGUUAACGGGAAUUGAAUCCAAAUCUUCACUUUAACAGCUUCUUAACUAGAAACGAACUGUAAAAAGUGAAUUUGAUGCAAAGCAACAUUUUCAGUUGAGCUAUAUGGGGUCCCAUAUAUUAUAUAAUAUAUAAUUUUUUUUUUGUUGUUCCAAAGUCACAAACAUCUCAUAAAACUUUGCCCUUUUCUUAUUGUAAAAACGCACAUAUAUGCUCUCGUAACGGAUAAACAGCUUUGUGAAUCCCUUUUUUGCUAUUCUGCAUCAUGUAUUCAUUUUGUACGCAUUUAGCUUUACAUUUACACUGUUUAUGUAACACAGCUGCUGUACAGCAAAGACGCCAUAAAACAUAAAAGCAAGGACAAAAAAAAAUGCAGCCUGUCCAGCGCCAACCAAUCUGAAACAUUUAUUAAAUUAAUACUAGAGGAAUGAAAACUCAUUUCAUCUAACAGGGUUUUUUUUUGUUUAGGGUUUUUUUUUCAGCUGUAUUUGUCAAAACAAAUAAAAUGACAGAAAAUCUUCA